AAAGAGUACUUCUCUACUAAAACAGAUGUAAAAGGGAGUAUAAUAAAAUAGGUAACAAACAUCCAAACAAGGUGUAACAUUAAAAAAAAAAAAUGAAAAUAGUAAUGCCACCAACUCUCACCAUAUAAUCAAUCAUAUAUUAUAAUUAUGCGUCUCUUUCGACUUCACGACUUACUGAAUUCAGUGAUUUGUUUAAUGCAGCCCGCCAGCAGCAACUCCUCACGUGGGCAUUAGCGAAUCAACAGAUUUCCCUUUUAUAAAAUAUUGUAUGUAAAGAAUCAGGGAAGAACUGGAAGUGGUGGAGAUAUCUUUGGUGUCGUUGUUCAAGUUAUACAAACUAGAAGAAGAAGUGGAAAGAGCACGGAGGGAGGAAGAAGCAUGGGGGAUUCUCAGUUGGUUCACCCUCCUUUAUUCACUUAUAUCUCAAUGCUCACUCUUCUCACUAUAGUACCCCCUUUUGUUAUUCUCAUGUGGUAUACAAAUGUUCAUGCUGACGGAUCUGUAUUGCAAACAUUUAAUUUCCUAAAGGAGAAUGGCCUGCAAGGACUAAUUGACAUUUGGCCAAGACCCACUGCGGUUGCGGGAAAAAUAAUAAUUUGCUAUGCUCUAUUUGAGGCUAUACUUCAGCUUUUGUUGCCUGGUAAAAGGGUCGAAGGACCGAUAUCUCCAACUGGACACAGGCCAGUCUAUAAGGCAAAUGGCGUGGCAGCAUAUAUAGUGACGCUAAUUACCUAUCUCAGUCUUUGGUGGUUUGGAAUAUUCAAUCCUACCAUUGUGUAUGAUCAUCUGGGAGAGAUUCUUUCUACUCUAAAUUUUGGAAGCUUAAUCUUCUGUCUCUUCUUAUACAUAAAAGGUCAUGUUGCACCAUCUUCCACUGAUCACGGUUCAUCAGGGAACAUAAUUAUCGACUACUAUUGGGGGAUGGAGCUAUAUCCUCGCAUUGGCAAGCACUUUGAUAUCAAGGUCUUCACAAACUGUCGAUUUGGCAUGAUUUCUUGGGCAGUCCUCCCUAUUACCUACUGUAUAAAGCAGUAUGAAGAAUAUGGAAAUCUCUCUGAUUCCAUGCUUGUACAUACCAUAAUAACGUUGGUGUAUGUCACGAAAUUCUUUUGGUGGGAAGCAGGUUACUGGAACACCAUGGAUAUUGCACAUGACAGAGCCGGCUUUUACAUAUGCUGGGGUUGUUUGGUAUUUCUUCCAUGUAUAUAUACUUCUCCCGGCAUGUACCUUGUCAAACACCCUGUAAAUCUUGGACCUCAGCUUGCAAUUUCUAUUCUAGUAGCUGGUAUUCUCUGCGUAUACAUAAACUAUGACUGUGACAGACAGAGGCAAGAGUUCCGCAAAACAAAUGGCAAAGCGCUUGUCUGGGGAAGGCCUCCAUCGAAGAUUGUUGCCUCAUACACUACUACCACUGGUGAGACUAAAACCAGCCUUCUCCUGACAUCUGGAUGGUGGGGCUUAUCCCGACACUUCCAUUAUGUUCCAGAAAUACUAGCUUCAUUUUUCUGGUGUGUGCCGGCUCUUUUCAACCAUUUCAUUCCCUACUUCUAUGUAAUCUAUCUGAUAGUCCUCCUUCUUGAUCGAGCCAAAAGGGAUGAUGAACGGUGCAAGUCAAAGUAUGGCAAAUACUGGAAAAAGUAUUGCGACAAGGUGCCUUACCGGGUCAUCCCCGGAAUUUACUAGUUGUUCUUAUUGGUUUGUCAAGAAUUUGAGCUUCAAAUGAUGAACGAACGUUGAAAGGGUGGUUGUCCCAGAGCAAUACAUGUUUUCCUCCCUUUCUCCAGAUACUCAUUCUAGAUCUUUAAUUAGUGCUGCUGCUAGCUAGUAUAUUUCAGUUGUAUUUUAGAUUUUAGACUAUGAUAGUCCUUUUCAAUAAAGUACUUUUAGUUGAACUAGCAUAUCCCAUUUCUAUGGUUGCUGCAACAACAUGAAUAAAAGCCAGCUUGAAAUAUCAUUCCAA